UACAACUGUCUCUCUCUUUUGGCGCGAAACGCCAUGAAAGUUGAAAGCUCGCCACCCGUGUUGUUCCAUGUCAUCGGAGUUGAUGGAGAAUCCUCUGGUGAAAACAGGAUGACUAUCGAACGGAAGCUGGAAAAUAGCUCCGAUGGCCUGCACAUUCCGCCUUUUAAUUUUGGUGUGGUUGACGACGGAAUCUUCCGCUCAGGAUUUCCAGAUACAACUAACUUAUCCUUCUUGAAAACUCUCGGGCUUCGCUCAAUCAUAUAUCUAUGCCCUGAACCUUAUCCUGAGGAGAAUUUAGAGUUUCUCAAUGCAAAUGCGAUUCAGCUCCAUCAAUUCGGAAUCCAGAAAUCUAAGAAUCCUAUAAUGGAGAUCCAAGAGAUAAAAAUUUGUGAUGCUUUAAAGGUUCUUAUGGAUCCAAAAAACCGUCCGGUGCUCAUCCAUUGCAAACGUGGAAAGCAUCGAACUGGUUGUGUUGUGGGGUGCUUUAGAAAGUUGAAAAAUUGGGGCAUGAGUGCAAUUCAUGAAGAGUACAAACACUUCGCUGGUGACAAGUCAAGAGUUUCUGAUCAAAAGUUUCUUGAGACGUUUGACAUUUCUAGCUUCAUCAAAUCUUGAUCAUGUUAUCCAUCUUGUGUGUGCGUUUUUUUUAUAUAUAGUUAUCUAAAAGUAUAGUAUAAAAAUGGAGUUUAUGAUUAUGAUGAUUCAAUCUAGAAAGAUUGGCUCAUUGUGUUCUUUCUAUGUUAUGUAAAACAUGUUUCUGUGUAGAUUCUUAGUUUACU